CUCAUAAACAAACACUGUUCCAAUACAAACUUCAUCCUCAAAGAGAAGAUAACAAAAAAAUAUAUAUAUAUAAUGGAAGGAGCAAAGAACUACAAUGGAGAGUUUGAGAACCUCAAGGCAACGGAGCUUAGGCUUGGCUUGCCCGGAGCUGACGAUGAACCGAAGAAACCAGUUGUCGGUAACAAGAGGACGAUUGAAGAGUCACCUGAGGCUAACUUUGCUCCAGUGGCCAAAGCACAGAUUGUAGGAUGGCCGCCGGUUCGAUCUUUUCGAAAGAACAAUGUUCAGGCAAGGAAAGCUGAAGCUGAGGUUGGAGGGAUGUUUGUGAAAGUUAGUAUGGAUGGAGCUCCAUACUUGAGAAAAGUUGACCUCAAGAUGUAUAAAGGGUAUAAAGAACUGAGGGAGGCCUUGGAGAACUUGUUCAAGGGGUUUUCGCUUGGCGAGAUGGAAGGGUCCUCCGACUAUGCAAUCACAUAUGAAGAUAAAGAUGGGGAUUGGAUGUUGGUUGGAGAUGUUCCAUGGGGGAUGUUCAUUUCCUCCUGCAAGAGGCUGAGGGUAAUGAGAGGAGCCGAGGCAAGAGGAUUGGAUUCAAAUCCAUGAACGUAGUCAUCGCUAACUGAAGAGAGGUGAACAGGAAUUGACUUGUCCUGCUUCGAUUCUUCUCGGAGAUAAUUGUUGAAGAAAAGCUUGGAAUCGGAUCUGUCAUGUUUAUCAUCUCACCAUCAACCAACAAAAAGAAGCAAAAGGAUGAAGGAGGAAGAGGGGGUGGAGUAAAGGACAGCUAUGUAUGAAGAAGUCUUCAUCCGAAACAGAACGUGCAUAUAGAGAAAGGGAUCUUUCUAUCCCAUGUAAUUGUACAAAGAAAUUGUCACAUGUUUCUUGUAGCAUGCAAUAUAGUUGUUUAUUAAUAUUAGAAUAUGUAUUUAGCAUAUAUUUCUAAUGAAUAUCUGAGAUCAAAGACCUUUUUUUGGAA